UAGAAAUCUGUUGACCAAAAGUGACAGCAUGGCGCACAACAUGAAGAUAUUUUCUGCCAGUGCAAAUUGCAAUGAAGGAAAAGUUUCCAAAAAGAGAACAGGUUGAAUUUUACCUAGCUUGGGGGCUUCAGAAGGGCGGCACUCGCAGGAGUCGAGACGCUUGCGGGGGAUCCAGGAAGAUGUCAAGCGAAGUCUACGAUUGAAUGACCAUGCGGUUUCCUCUAAUAUCGAGCUAAUAUCGGUAGCUUUUUCCUGAAUCUGCAUACUGUGCAGCACAUGGGUCUCUUCCCAUGGACUCAGCGCAGCAGAGUCCAGUUCUCCCCGCUUGUUGCUUUGCCCCUGCCGCUUGGAAGGGCGUCCUUUCGAGCAAGCGAGCAAACCAGGUCGCCCCUGCUGAGAUGGUUGCCUUAGAAAGUGAAUCUGGCGCAUCUCUUCCAAGCCAGGGUGCAGGUAAAGCAUUCCAAAGUGCUGAAAAUCAUGGUUUGGAAAGGGUGGAGACGCCCCCAACAAGGGUGGGGGUGCAUACAAAGCAGAUUGUAGGAAGGGAGGGUGUUUUAGCAGGAAAAGGUGGCCCCUGCCGGUUGACAGUUGAGAUCAGAGAAAGGGGCGAUGGGCUAUCCCCAGAGAGGCCCCAUUCAGGAUUGUCAUCAAGUCCGUCCAGCACAGAAUGUGAGCCAAUUCCUGCAGGCACACCUCUCUGGAACGCUCUGUUGCACCAGAGCCCCAGUAGGGAGCCCAUUAGAACUUCCCACGCCGAAAAGUUGGAUACCACAGCUGGUUACGUUGGCGGAGGAGAACCGGGGGAGUCUCCUUUGAAGCAGCUGUCAACAGUUGGCAGGGCGAGCGUGGUUGUCACGAGUGUCCCCAGCAAACUGAGCAUCUCUGUGCCAUUGGACCAGCACGCAGCCGCUGUGCACAUUUGUACUGCUUCAGAGAGCAAGUCAGGGGGUCCUAGUGCCGGUGUCAUGAGCUGGGGGGGGGUGGCAAGCUGCCUGCAGUGCUCAGCGUCGGCCGGGGCGCUUGACGCCAUGCGAAAGUACUGGGAGCAGGCAGAGCAGAGGGCGAGGGAGGCGGAGGUGGCAGCAACAAGGAUGGGGAGGAAUGAGGAGCGGUUGAUGGCACAGCUGGCGUUGCUCCUGAAACAGAUUGAGCUGCGGCAGGUCCAGGUGGAGCACCUCUCGGGCCUUGUCGCGCAGCAGCAGGCGGCGUUCCUGGCCCUGGAUGGGCGCUACUUGGAGCGCCUCCGCAGAGAACAGGGCCUCCCAGAGGAGCCCGCCACGUCACCCUCCCCAGAAGCCGUCAGAGGAGGGCAGUUCAAGCAGCCGGUGGGAAGAGAAGUCAGUCAAGAGGGUAUCUUUUCGGAGGGACAGCUACAGGUGGAGCAUUACACAUCGAAAGAACAAGGAAAGGCAAUUGGGAGGGAGACAAAAGAGGAGUUGGCGACGGGUCAGAGCUCGCACCAGCAUGAUGUCAGCGAAGGGGCGGGUGGCGAGGCUAAGGUGAAGCGGCUUCACAGGGGGGCCUCGCUGGAUGCCUGGGCGGAGCCAAGAGACGUUAGCGACAUGGAUGGCGAUGCGGGGCCUUGUUGCGGAGAUAGCGAGAGCGGGGCUGAUUCUAGCUUCGAGUUUGAUACGAGCCCGCUGGCCGUUUUGAGCGCCAGUUCCCCUGAGGCGGAAAGCGAGGGGGGCUCGCCAGGCAUCCGGCGAAAGCGGAGGGGACAAAGAAAGGAGGUGGAAGUAAUCGUCGAAGAGAUGGUCGACGCGUGCGCAGGCCUCGAGUCAGCGCAAGGUGGGUUUGGCGAGUUCUUUGUGUCGCCGAAUGUGCCGGAGAGCCCGCUCAAGAGGAGGAUUAGGGAUGGAGAUAAGCGGUCCUGUGAUAGCCCCGUUGAGAGUGAGCGGGAUUCAGGCAGCCCGCCUGGCGAGGGCGUGGGUGCAGGGCGGAAGCCGGGGCCUGAGGGAUCAACAGAGGCGAGGUCGUCUGAGCGAGAAGUAACUGAACAAAGUGGUUUUGGUGGGUCGGAGGACGCGGUUUUGAAGUCGGGAGAGGGUGACGGGUUUGAUCAGCAAGAGAGUGCUGUUGAGGGAGAUGCGGGAGCGGUGGAAGAGCAAUGCGUGGAGGUACUGCAGGGGGAGGUUGGAGUCCCGGAGUUCUUACGAGUCAAGCAGGAUAAACUCAGCAGCAGCGAGGCGGAAGGCAGAAGUAAUGGGAGCACAAUGGGGGUGGGAAGUGCUAGGGUCGCUUUCGUUUUGGGAGAUGGUGUAGGGCAGCAAAAGGCCUGGGGCGGGGGGGAAGCAAAACGGGAAGAGAAGGAGAGCGGGAGCGAAGAAAUGGAGGAGUUUCUGGGGCUGGCAACGGAGGAGAAACACAUGGGAUAUGGAGUCGAAGAGCAACUGCAAGGAAGCGCACCGCCUGAGUUGACAGAGGUGGGCAGUUUAAACAACCUGGGUCAAGGAACAGGGAGAGAAGUGACCGUGGAAGGGGCUGAAGCUUCGUUCCAGUUGGGCUAUGCCGAGUUGGCGCGGGCAAGCAGUUAUGACGAGAAAGCGCUCCGGAGCAGUUGGCCCGUCACUGCUGCCGGAGCUCCUCAGAUCCGCACAAUGAACGGGCGAUGGGUCGAAGGGGAGGGGGCGGAAAACAUCCCGAGCGACGGACGGAUCCCCGAGCAGAACGGACGCGCAUAUACUGUUGACGGGAGGUCCGGAUCUGGCGCUUGGGGCAUGGUGCCACUUGAAAUCGCGCAGGAGGUGGUAGUUGAGGGUUUCGGUGAGGAGGACUUUGACGGUUGGCGGCACGGAAGCGUCAGCGAGUCCAGGUCCGCCUCGCGCACGAGCGCCGAUACUUUCAGCCCGGAGCCGCCGCUGAUGGAGAGCUCGGGGGGGGCGUCGAGGACUGACGGCUUUGCAGAGCGGUCUAGCCCCCAGGGACGGCAGGGCGCCUGGCGGGGAUCCCCUAAGCUGGUUCCGUGUAGCCCCCAAGGGCCGCGCUCAAAACCGCCCUCUCCUCGGGUCGUGUCGCCCAAGACCGGUGUGCCUACGCCUCCGGUGAACCCCCGGGGGCCUUCUCCCUCCAGCCCCCACUUUGCGAGCGCACACGAAGUGUCAAGGAAAAUGGUCGGGACCGUGGCAAGCGGUCGAAGGGUUGGGUCGCAGGGCGACUUCGGGGCUGCCGCCCACCGAUUGGACACGCGAGCGGGGAGGCUUUUCAGAAGAGACAGCCUGCCGAGAAGAAACAACACCUCGGAUCCGUUCGGGCUCCAAGAAGCGGCUCUCGUCCCGCAUCCGCCGGCCGUGGCGGCUCCGGCUAGAAAGCCGUCGACACGGGAGAAGCACUUGGCGGCGAGCGUGGGUGGCAGGCAGAGCAGCGAUAAGGAGAACGACCUGCCGAAGGUGCCAACGGUCACGCUUCGGUUGGAGGGUUUGGGGUUCAAUCGGAAGACCGGGGGAGACUUCGAGAAUGGAAGGAGGGUAGGGUCAGACUUGAUGCAGACGUCUGGGUUGGAGUUGGGAACGGAAUGGGGUUCAAGUGCGAGUGAUGUACAUAGUAGUGACGUAGCCGCCCCGGAACCUCCUGCGAAGCCACGGACGACAUCCUCCCGGCCACAGUUCCGGGCACUUCGUCCAAUGGCAAGCUAGUGUCAAUCUAUAUAGAAAGUCUAGGAAGUCAUGCUUUAGAAUGUAGCAAAUUGUCAAGUAUGGCGAACCCGUCUGUGGACAUCGUCACGGGUCUGGGGACAUCUUUAGGACUUGCUUCGGAUAAACCGACAAUUAUGGAAGUCCAAGCAAGCGCUGCUGAAGAAUGUAACAGCGUACUUGAAAGCAAGGCCUGCAAGUUUGACCCGAUUGAACAAUUUUCAGCUGGGUGAUGGAAUAAAGGCCGUGAACACAUCAUGCAUA